AAUUUGCGCACUCGUGCAAAUAACCAAUCUUUCGAAGUCCAAAGUCGACAAUUUUGAAUAGUUCGGAGUUAGGUACUUCAGGGAUAAUUYGUUCUUAGAAAGAAUGGCUUCUGAUCUUCCUUCUUUGGUUGGACGUGUUUGUCUUGUUACUGGUGCAUCUCGUGGUAUUGGUAGAGGCAUUGCUUUGAUGCUAGCCAAGGCUGGUGCCACUGUUUACAUAACUGGUCGAAAAGUAGAAACACUCCAAGAAGUAGCAUCUGAAGUUGAAAGCGGAAGUGGUAAAUGUAUUCCUGUCGAAUGUGAUCAUUCUAAUGAUAAUGACGUCGAGAACGUGUUUGAUCAAAUCAAACUGGAUCAAAAUGGACAUUUGGAUGUUCUGGUGAACAAUGCUUACAAAGGAGUGCAGUCAAUCAUGGACAAUGUUGAGAAACCAUUUUAUGAGCAGCCUCUUGAAAUGUGGGAUGAGAUAAACAAUGUUGGAUUAAGGUCUAACUAUGUAGCUGCUUACUACGCAGCUAAAAUGAUGGUUCCAAACAAGCAAGGCCUGAUUGUGAACAUAUCAUCCUUUGGAGGAUUGAGUUAUCUAUUUAACAUCCCUUAUGGUGUYGGCAAAGCUGCUAAUGACCGAAUGAUGGCUGACAUGGCAAUAGAGUUGAAAAAGAGCAACAUUGCAGCAAUCUCCCUUUGGCCUGGAGCAGUUAAGACAGAAACCAUAACAGCCAUUUUACAAAGUGAUAAGCCUGGAUCAGAGAAAAUGAUACAAGUUUUUAAAGAUGGUGAGGAUGUUACAUACGCAGGAAAAGCUGUUGCUUGGCUUGCUGCAGAUCCAAAUGUCAUGAAAAAGAGUGGCCGUGUGCUCAUUGUUGCRGAGUUGGCCAAAGAAUAUGGCUUUACAGACGUGGGAGGUGCUCAGCAUUUGUCUUUCAGACAAGUAAAACAACUGGCCCAACAUUAUUACCCAAGCAUGGCCUGGCUUGUUCCAGAAUUCUUGUACAUUCCUUUUUGGUUCAUUGGAGCAACAACACACAGGUUUUCCCCACCAUCAAAGUUUACAUAACUGCUAUAUGUGUUUCUAGCUUCUGGUUUGUCAAACGUCCCAGAUUGACUUUYAUUUUUUGUUUGGGGCUUACUGUAUCACUAUUUGUUUAAAUUAGUUUUUAUUACUGAGCUGAUCAUGACAAAAGUUGGACAAGGAAAUCAGGUAAAAGAUUUUUUAAAGACUCGCCCUUCCCCCAGAAAUUCCAAUUUUUUUCCAUACAAACUUUGUAAUUUUGUUCUUUCUCUGAUCCCCCCUACCCCGGAAAUCCCAAAUUCCUCUGUGGGAUGGGGUGGGGUGGGGGUAGUAUGGAUAUUUUCUUGAACCAAGGCACAGAUUUGACUGGACAAGCCCCAGUUCUGCCUGGACAUGAUCAAAUUUUUCAGGCCAAAUUAGUAUUAAGCUUAGUCAUACCUUAUUUCUGGCCAAAGAUUACUGGUCAAAAUGACUGGCAAGGCAGAGAUUUGACCAGUUGUGGCUGGAUAUUGUCUGAUCCUUGUCUGAUUUUGUAAGCCCUGUUCUCUAAUGAUUCAUUUGAUUGAUGGCAGUGUAUUGAACGAUUUUCCUGUGGCARCUGUUGUCUUGAUCAGCACGUAUCAAUGAAAACAGAAAAUAUUUGCUUUGUUUUCUUGAUCUGCCUUCAUCUUCAUGUUUCACACUACUCCUAAGACAUUGAAAAAGGAGGACCACUGACACUGUAGGCUGAAAGAAUAUUGUUAAUCAUUUACUUUUUCCUUGAUUGCUGAUGUGUCAGUUGACAAUCAGCCAACUGUUGCCAGAUCAUUGGUUAAGAUUUUAUCCUCACUUCAUCAACAUGCACUUUUAUUUUAUAUUGGGAAGUUAGAAGGAUUUGCAACUAAAUCGUUGCACUGUUGUCCAAUCAUGGGAUGACAGUCAGCCGAUCAUGGUCAUCAGUCAGCCGAUUGUUGGCUGAUGAUAAAGUACACAAUUACCAAAACGAAUGAUGAUAAGCAUAAUGGUAUUGUAACAUGAUUUAGCAUUAUAUAAGCAUGCACGUCACAGUGCAUACAUCUAAAAGCAUUAAUUAAAUAAUUAAUUAUACAGCUUCUCAUUAAUCCCAUAUAGGUAACUGUCCAAUUGUUUUCUUAAUUGGACAGGUGUUGUUGAUAUGGUAUUAAUUAGGCAGCUAUAUAUAGGUAAUGGGAU